CAAUUCUGCAGUGGAAACCAGACAAGGGAGGACACGCUUACAAAAGAGACUGCAUUUUCAACUGUGGAAGACUGAAAACAAUAAUUAUUAGUAUACAUUAAAUUAAUUGGUUUUUGUCUGAUUAACAAUACAAUAAGAAUAACGAGUUAAUUGUUUAGUGACGUCACAAUGCCUUACCAGUUAACAAGCCAAGGAAAACCAAUCGAAGUGUAUUUGUUUGGAGAACGUGGUUCGGGUCUUCAGGCUAAGCGAAUUCAAGACUUCUCCAAACUCCGUAAACAAUGUAUUGCAGAAGGAAUUUUGUUCGAAGACCCAGAGUUCCCUGCUUGUGACUCUACAAUCUUCUUUAGUAGGACCCCAUCAAGAUCUUUUGACUGGAAGCGGCCUCACGAAUUAACUGACGAUCCAAAACUCUUCCAUGAGGGCGCCACCAGGUUUGACGUUGUUCAGGGCGAAUUGGGAGACUGUUGGCUACUGGCUGCAGUGGCCAAUCUGACUCUUAACCAGACUUUGUUCUACCGGGUCGUUCCUGACGAUCAAGGAUUCGAGGAUGAUUACGCAGGGAUCUUCCAUUUCCGCUUUUGGCAGUAUGGUCGCUGGAUUGAUGUGGUUGUGGACGAUCGCCUUCCAACUAUGAACAACAGACUGCUUUUCAUGCACUCUAAAGAACAAAAUGAAUUUUGGAGUGCUCUUCUCGAAAAAGCUUACGCCAAAUUACAUGGAUCGUAUGAAGCACUGAAAGGAGGGACAACGUGCGAGGCUAUGGAGGACUUUACCGGAGGUGUAACAGAGUUCUACGAGAUCCAGAAAGCACCGGAUAACCUGUUUAAGAUCAUGUUAAAAGGUUAUGAAAGAUGGUCUUUGAUGGGAUGUGCUAUAGAGCCGGACAAUGACGUAACAGAGAUGGAACAAGACAAUGGGUUAAUCAAAGGCCACGCUUACAGCAUCACUGCAGUGCGAAUGGUUGAAGUUAAUACUCCGCGGAUAACAGGAAAAAUCCCCCUGAUAAGGAUCCGUAAUCCCUGGGGUAAUGAGUGUGAGUGGAAAGGAGCCUGGAGUGACAGGUCUCCCGAAUGGACAUUGGUCAGUGAAAAUGAAAGAAAAGAAUUAGGGCUGAUAUUUGAACAUGAUGGAGAAUUCUGGAUGUCAUUCAAAGACUUUCUAAUGAACUUCAACAGACUAGAAAUCUGUAAUCUUAAUCCUGAUUCCCUAGAUGAUGAGCCUCUCACAAAGGUAUCAAAAAAGAAGUGGGACAUGCAUGUUUUUGAAAGCAGUUGGAUUCCAGGAUGUACUGCAGGAGGUUGUAGAAACUACCUGGACACGUUUUGGAUGAACCCUCAAUACCGAAUAACUCUUGAGGAUGUUGAUGAUGAUGACGAUGAUGAUCUUUGUACUAUGAUAGUUGGACUUAUGCAAAAAUAUCACAGAUCCAAGCGAAAGAUGGGACAGGAUUGUUUAACAGUUGGCUAUGCUAUUUAUGCUUUAAAUGACCCAGACAACUUACCUAAACCACUGCCAAAAGAGUUCUUCAGAUAUAAUGCUUCAAAAGCCAAGUCUUCCUUUAUCAAUUUGCGUGAAGUAAGCUGUAGAUUCAAGCUUCCUCCAGGCUCCUAUUGCAUUAUUCCAUCAACCUUUGACCCUAAACAAAGAGGAGAGUUUGUCUUGAGAGUAUUUACUGAAAAAGAAAACAAAAUGAGUGAAUACGAUGAAGAAGUUGGGCUUAAAAAUCCUGCAGAAGAACAACAGAAUCCAACUGAACCCUCAGUCAAGUCGGCACCUGUGCAAGUUGAACAGAAUGAAGUGGAAGAAAGCAAGGAACAACAAGUAAAAGAUUUCUUUGCUAGUAUCUCAGGUUCAGAUCUAGAAGUUGACUGCUACGAACUUCAAAAAGUCCUUACCUAUGCUUUAAAACAAGAACUUGACAUUGAGGAAAUUUCAUUGGAUAUUUGCCGAAGCAUUAUUGCCAUGAUGGAUGUUGAUCGAUCAGGAAAGCUCAAGCUGGAAGAAUUUCUUAAACUCUGGAUAGACAUUAGGAUGUGGAAGAAUGUGUUCAAAAUGUAUGAUCGUGAUGAUUCAGGAUUUCUCAGUACUCUGGAGCUUAGGAUGGCUUUGAACUCAGCAGGGUAUCGAGUUAACAGUAAUAUCCUAAGAACAUUGGUCUUAAGAUAUGGGAAGAAAGAGCAAAUGGACUUUGAAGACUUUCUCAUGUGCACCAUAAAAUUAAAGAGUAUGAUAGAAACCUUUCUUGAAAGGGAUCCACGACGAACUGGCCGUGUUAACUUUACUUUAGAAGAGUGGGUGGAGAAGACAAUGUACAGUUAAAGAGACAGCUGAACAUAAACUACCAGAAGAUUAACUGUGAAUGGUAGUUAAAAUCUUCCUUCCACUUUGUAACUUCCAGAACCUUUUAUUUCCAUUAUAACUUCAUCCUAGUGUUCUUCCAUAUUUAAUCACAUUUCUUCAAAUCUUUUCUAAAAUGAAGUUAUUUUUGGUUUCCAUGCCUUUUGUUGUGAUGCUAGUUACUGCACUGUAUUUACAAAAAUGUUUUAUGGAGGUCUUUCUCUCCUUUUCCCUUAAAUAUAUAUAUAUAACAUUAAUAUCAACAAUUUGGUCUAAAGUAAUUAAAACAAUGGGCAUUUAUAAACUCAAUUUUGUAAAAGCUAAAAGCUUAUCUACUGAUGGACAAUUAGAAAUGCAAAAACUUCAAGAAAAGUUCUGGGACAUGAUCCUUAGAAUAUUCAUUUUCAAAAGCAUUUUGAUAAAAGUUUAAAACCUCCAUAUUUUUAUUUUUUUUUCGCAUUUUUGAUAAACCUAGUUAAGCCACACAACUAAAAGAAAUGACCAAUGAAUAAGUCUUCUAUUUCUAAUACUCAGGGUAAAAAGGCCUUUAGAUGUUUGAAAUUUAUAUGUUUUAUUAUCUGCACUCUUUCAUCAAUAGAGAAAAUAUAUUAUUUUAAAAAAUAGUACUUGAACAAAAAUAUAUUUCAUUUUCUCAAAAAACCUAUAAUAAUAGUCUGUGUCUAUAUUACUGUAUACAUACAUCUUAUAGUUUGUAUGAAAUUGUUUUCAAGAAUUAUUUAGUUAAUGUUUCAAUAUGCAAGUUCUCAGAUCAAUAUUUGUUGAUAUGGUAUGUCUUACAGUUUUCCUUGUUGAAAUGUUUUUAUCAUUAGAUAUAUUUUCGUUUUCAAGAUUUAGAAAUAAAACAUUAUAAAUACAUUCAUUAAUUUCUUUAAGUUAAUAUGAACAAUGUUUUAUUUUGCAUAUAUCUGUACUGAAUUACUAUUUGUAAUGUCAGUGUUACAGUUUGUAUUAAUGGUCAGAUAAAAGCUUUGCUGAUUGGCGUCAAUAUUUUACUUAUAAAACUAAAAGUAAAACAAACAAGUUUAACUUUUACUGCAAUAGCAAGAAAAAAAAGUGGAUAAAAAACAUUUUGAUGGUUGAGUUCCACAAACUACUGAACCAUAAACGAGAAGUAGGUAAACGACAUAUUUCUCAAAUAAAACAGACGUUUAUCUUCCA